AUGGGCCAGGACGAUUCCGACAGGAGGUUGUCCAUGAUGGAGUUUGGCAACCAUGACGACCUGAGAGACUUCCGAUUCGGAAACAUCGACACCUCCCCGACCAGCGCCGACAUGAGUGGCAGUUUUGGCAACAUGGGCUCAGCGAUGGGCAUGUCUGGAGUCAGUGGAGCCUUUUCGCAGCCGGAUCUGCUGGCCAUGUCCGAUGCGACGGAUUUUUCCAACAUCGCCCCUGAUGUGAUGGGCAAUAUGAUGGCUUUCUCUAACCUGAACAUGGGGCAGCUGCGGUCCGACAAUUCGGGUUUGGAUAUGUUUACAAACCCCAAUAUGAGCAACCAGUUCACUGGCAGCUCGAUGGACACGGAUUUUUCCAUGGGAAUGAAGCCACUUAGCCAUUCCCUUGGGCCUUCUCCCAUUCAGCGGGCUCCACUGGCCAUUGACACCACGAAUGACGACAUGAUGGGAGUCAGUCAGCCAUUUAGUGCUGUGGACGGCUCUGCAACACAACCCCAGCCAAGCAUGCCUCCAAAUCCCUUUCCGCCCAGCCUUGUGUCACAAGUAUCUCAAGAUGCCGCCAGCACCGCUUCCUUUCAGUCGCCCGUGUCUCCCAUAUCUCAGUCCGUUUCUCAGAUUAGCACAGCUCGUCCCAGCAUCGCUCCGGACACACCGGCUACAGUACCCGCGCCAUCAUCCGGCGCACCCACCCCCGCCGAUAUCAAGCCCGAGAAGACUGUGUAUUCGAAGAGCGGCUUCGACAUGAUCCGGGCGCUGUAUUAUGUGGCCACCAGGCCUAAUCCUGAAGUACAACUAGGAGCAGUCGACAUGUCUUGCGCGUUUGUGGUCUGCGAUGUCACGAUGAACGACUGCCCAAUUAUAUACGUAUCAGAUAAUUUCCAAAACCUAACCGGAUACGUCCGGCAUGAGAUUCAAGGGAAAAACUGCCGGUUCCUUCAAGCACCCACGGGCCUCGUCGAAGCGGGAACCAAGAGAGAGUUCGUCGACAACAGUGCGGUAUACAACCUAAAGAAGAAGAUACAGGAGGGUAAGGAAGUCCAGCAGAGCUUAAUCAACUAUAGGAAAGGUGGCAAGCCGUUCCUUAACCUCCUCACUAUGAUUCCUAUUCCGUGGGACACCAAAGAAAUUAGAUACUUCAUUGGGUUCCAGAUCGAUCUUGUCGAAUGUCCUGACGCUAUUGCGGGACAGGAGAUCGGUGGUGGAGUUCAGGUUAAUUACAAUCAUAGCGAUAUUGGCCAAUACAUAUGGACACCACCGAACGCUAACCAGUGGGAGUCGGAUAAUGGAGGACAGACGCUUGGAGUGGAUGAUGUCUCAACACUCCUCCAGCAAUUCAAUCCGAAUGGCGUUACAUCUGACUGGCACAGGCAGUCUUGGGACAAGAUGCUGCUGGAGAACACGGAUGAUGUUGUCCAUGUACUGUCCCUCAAAGGACUCUUUUUAUACCUGUCUCCGUCAUGCAGGAGGAUGCUGGAGUAUGAUACAAACGACCUCGUUGGCCAGCCCUUAUCAUCCAUAUGCCACCCAUCCGAUAUUGUUCCCGUAACCCGAGAAUUGAAGGACGCCGUUGUUGGGAACGGGGUCAACAUCGUUUUUAGGAUCAGACGCAAGCAGAGUGGUUACACUUGGUUCGAAAGCCAUGGGUCGUUGUUUGUUGAUCAAGGCAAGGGCCGAAAAUGCAUCAUCCUAGUCGGGCGGAAACGCCCCGUGUUUGCCCUCAGUAGGAGAGAUCUUGAGUACAGCGGUGGCAUCGGCGACAGCGAGCUAUGGACGAAAAUGUCGACCUCUGGAAUGUUUUUAUUUGUUUCAUCGAACGUUCGAUCACUGCUCGAUCUACAGCCGGAGAAUCUUGAAGGGACUAGCAUCCAGGAUCUUAUGAGGAAGGAGUCGCGUGCCGAGUUUGGGCGCUCAAUAGAGAAGGCCAGGCGCGGGAAGAUUGUCAUUUGCAAGCACGAAGUCCAGAACAGAAGAGGACAAGUUCUACAGGCCCAGACUGUGCUUUACCCCGGCGACGCCUCUGUGGGACAGAAGCCUACGUUUCUCCUUGCGCAGACGAAACUUCUGAAAGCAUCGAGCCGUGCGAUUGCCCCGGCGACCUCGAGCGCGAAAUCCGUCGCUUCAUCUACGAAUGGUCGCUUUGAAGACCAGAUACCCUCGAACAUGGGCGUGGUAACCACUGCUUCUCACAAUAAUAGGCCAGACAUGAGCCAAGAUGGUACAACCAUAUCGGGCAUCCCAGGAGGUGGGAUGACUUUAGGCACACAGGAUGCUGCUCUAGCAUCCGACGAUAAUAUUUUCGACGAGCUGAAGACGACGCGUUGCACAAGUUGGCAAUAUGAGCUCCGACAGAUGGAGAAAGUCAACCGGUUGUUGGCAGAGGAGCUGGGUCAGCUGCUCAGCAACAAGAAGAAGCGAAAAAGAAGAAAGGGCGUUGGCAACGUUGUGAGAGACUGCGCCAACUGUCACACACGGAACACUCCAGAGUGGCGUAGAGGGCCUAGUGGACAGAGAGACCUUUGCAACAGCUGUGGUUUAAGGUGGGCGAAACAGACUGGUCGUGUGUCACCGCGUACAUCGUCCCGCGGCGGAGGUCAUAAUGGAGAUUCUGCCAGCAAAAAGUCAACCUCACCCAAUCAUUCGUCUCCUCUGCACCGCGAAGUCACCACCAGCACUGAUGCCACCGGUGACACUGAAAUGACGCCAGUCGACGACAAUCGAAGGUCAUCUAGUUCAGGCAGCACCGGCAAUGGUAGCGCCACUGCCACGCCGUCAGGAGCUAAGGGGCACUCCGUACCGCCUCAGAGCCAGCCUCUACUUGCAGGUGGCAGCGGGCUGGGAGGCAUGGGCAUGGGAAUGACAGCCAUCAGCGAGGAGAGGGAGUUUGCCCCCUAA